UUUCAACAUUUUCAUUUCCCUUCUAGCUGAGAAGCUAGCCUUGUGGGUAUAUGGGUUGCUUUAGAAUUCAUUGUUUGCAGUUACCUCAGCAUCAUGAAUGCAUAGCUAACUCAUGAUUGAGAUUAAAAAGAAAUUAAUUUCAUUGAUGAUUGAUUACAUUUAAACCUUGUAUAACUUGCCCUUAGGUCAGCAGACCAAGAAGUUUGUAAAAACUUGAACUUUAAAAGAAAGUCCAAUGACCAAAUAUUAUGACCAACAAAAGUGCAGAAAAAGUCAGAACACAGAAUUGGAGAUAGAUUUGAAACUUUCUAACAUGUCCUUAUCUCAAAGUAUUCUAAUUAUUUCUAGUCACUAUCUUGGCCUAUCAUCUCAUCAUUUUGUCACAAGUUACAUUCAAAAAGGCCAAAAGCUUAUUCCACAUUUGCUUAAGGGAAGAACAGGUCUAACUUUGCCUUUGAUAAGUAGGCCAGGAUACAAAUAAGUCACUUUUAAACUAUUUAUCUCCAAUAUAUCCUCAAAGUUUUUAAAACAGGUCAAUUAUGUCCAUCUUUUAAAAGGUAUGGCACAGUUGGAUAAGUAAAUGGUGUCUAAUCUAUAUAAGUUACAAGAAGCAAAAGGUUGAGUUCAACUAAAAUGGGGAAUUCAUUAGCUUGUCUCUCCCCAAAAAAGAAUAAAGCGAGGAAGAAAGCGUUUACACAUCCACCAGAGCCUCCGCGUCUCUCUUUACCAUGUUCAACUGACAGAGAUAGCUUCAACAACUUACCUUCUACUUCCAAGAAAGAGAGCAAUAGCAAAGAAUUCGAACUCGAUAAUGAAUUAGCAGAACAAGCUAUAGCAGCAGCCAUGCUUUUUCGACAUCAUCAAAGAAAUGGUACUCUUCCGUUUCCAAGAUCAAACUCUGCGGUUUAUCCUUCUCAACAAUCAUCCAAACAACCUGGUUUUACUAAAAGUUCUAGUUCUAGGCAACCUUCUCUUGUUGAUCGACCAACUAAACUUGAUACAAAGAUUGAUGAUGUUGAGACCAAACAUGUAAUCCUAGUACAUGGAGGUGGAUUUGGAGCUUGGUGUUGGUAUAAAGUGAUUGCACUUCUGGAGGAAAGUGGGGUUAAAGUUGAUGCAAUUGACUUAGCAGCAUCAGGCACUCAUUCUUCUGAUUCCAACACCAUCACUUCUCUAUCCCAAUACACACAGCCUCUCAUUGAUUUCAUUCACAAUCUCAAACAAGGACACAAGGUGAUACUGGUAGGACAUGAUAUUGGUGGUGCUUGUAUAUCACAUGUGAUGGAGUUAUUUCCAUCUAAAAUUGCUAAAUCAAUUUUCAUAGCUGCACCAAUGCUGUCCAAUGGUCAAAGUGUCUUUGAUGUAUUGUCCCAGUUACAGACAGAUUCUACUGAUCUAAUGCGACAAGCUCAAUUAUUUAUAUACGGCAAUGGAAAAAAUUACCCUCCAACUGCAAUUUCUCUUGACAAGCCAUUUUUGAAGGAUUUAUUGUUUAAUCAAACUUCUCCCAAGGACAUAGCAUUAGCGAGAGUAUCAAUGAGAGCAUUCCCGGUUGCACCAAUUCUCGAGAAACUGAGUCUUUCGAAGAAGAAGUACGGAUCAAUCCCACGUUUUUAUGUCAAAACUCAGCAAGAUUUUGCGAUUCCUCUCCCUCUACAAGAGGCCAUCAUCAAUUCUAAUCCUCCACAACAAGUUUUUCUGCUGAAAGUAUAGAUCGGUUUCUUCUCCCUUCUCCACGAUGGUGAAGACUAGGCCACGACGGAGACAAUGGAAUGGUGGCGAAGACUCAACGGCGGCAGAUGCAACAAAACAACGGUGAAGAUGAAACAUCGGCGGCGGGCAACAACUGAAUUAUGGUGAGGCAGAAUGGUAACGGCGAAGAAGGAGAACGGAAGCAGUAGUCGGUUAGCGGUGCAAAGGGGUCAUUACCGGAUAGCUAGUCGGUUAGCGGUUUAACCGGCAGAUCCAGUCCGAUUUUUAAACACAACUUCCAACCUCUUGAAACUUCCAUACCCACGUUAUGCUGUAAAUCUUCAUGUUGUAACUGUUAAUCCAUGUUGCAUGGUUUCACACUACGUUCAUAACUUCCUAUGCAUAUGCAUGCAUGCUUAUGGAAGUUAUUCCAUGUCCAAGUCAUAUAUUUUUAUUCAUAGGCUAAA